AUAAUUUCUCAGGAACGCGUUUGGUCGCUAGCUUCACUCAGGUCGGAGAGUUGGUCAGUAAAGAAAUACAGCAAGGGCUUUGUAAUUGAUUGCUAAAUGCAGCUUUUAAAUUUUACAUAAACUAAACGCUUGAGCUGUUAUCUAGUAUUUUAAAUCUCGUAAAUUGCAAGUGGUAUUUAACAUACUUCGUUAUAGUUCAUCCGGACAUAAAACCCGACUCUAGCCAUGGCUGGCAGUAGCACAGCGAUGAAAACAUGGGAGCUGUCAAACAGCAUGCAGGAAGUUCAGAGUAUUGAUGAAAUAUAUAAGUAUGAUAAAAAGCAACAACAAGAAAUUCUGGCAGCCAAACCGUGGACUAAAGACCAUCAUUAUUUUAAAUACUGCAAGAUAUCAGCUUUGGCACUGCUGAAGAUGGUGAUGCAUGCCCGAUCUGGAGGAAACCUAGAGGUGAUGGGACUUAUGCUGGGGAAGGUGGAUGGAGAGACCAUGAUCAUCAUGGACAGUUUCGCUCUACCCGUGGAGGGCACUGAAACGCGGGUCAAUGCUCAGGCUGCAGCCUAUGAAUACAUGGCUGCUUAUAUAGAGAAUGCUAAACAGGUGGGGCGGUUGGAGAAUGCGAUUGGAUGGUACCACAGUCAUCCUGGAUACGGCUGCUGGCUUUCAGGCAUAGAUGUCAGCACUCAGAUGCUUAACCAGCAGUUUCAAGAGCCCUUUGUCGCAGUAGUGAUUGAUCCCACAAGAACUAUAUCCGCAGGGAAGGUCAAUCUUGGAGCGUUCAGGACAUAUCCGAAGGGUUACAAGCCUCCAGAUGAGGGUCCAUCUGAAUACCAAACAAUACCGCUUAACAAGAUUGAGGACUUUGGAGUGCACUGCAAACAGUAUUAUGCUUUAGAAGUGUCUUAUUUUAAGUCUUCCCUGGACCGCAAACUCCUAGAGCUGUUGUGGAAUAAGUAUUGGGUCAACACUUUGAGCUCCUCCAGCCUUCUGACAAAUGCAGACUACACCACUGGACAGGUGUUUGACUUGUCUGAGAAGCUCGAGCAGGCAGAAGCUCAGCUGGGACGUGGCAGUUUCAUGCUGGGCUUAGACACACAUGAUAGGAAAUCUGAGGACAAACUAGCAAAGGCAACACGAGACAGCUGCAAGACAACCAUUGAAGCAAUUCAUGGUUUGAUGUCCCAAGUUAUCAAAGAUAAACUCUUCAAUCAAGUGAACACAUCUGCCAACUGAACAUGGAAGGAACUGAAGUUAGAUGACUUCACAUGCAGUGUUUGCUUAGUUAUGUGUUCUUUCGUUACGAUUCUGCUUUGAAAGAUUCAAAGGAAUUCUCCUGUAGGAAUGUUUGCAUCAUUUAUCAUUUGUUUAAACAAAGAAAUAAAUGCUGUUUGGGUUCAUUAGUUGACAGACAUCAGGUCUUUUGCUUCUUUUCUUAAACUUCAUUUUUUUAAUUUGUCCUCAAAAUAUUGCAUCCCGUUUACUGCUAAAGUCUUGUCUGAAAUUAUAACUCACACAGCUCAUCGUCAAAGCUGUCCUUUAGAUCAAGACAAAUUAGUUUUCCUUUGCGCUGUAUGUUAGCAGAUGUUUGAAAUGUAUUCUCCUCUGGGUUCAGUGUGUAACACGGUACCGCUCCAUUCCCAUUUCCCACAGCUUGUGUCAGGAGCUGUAACAGCAGUAUUCAACAUUAAACUUAACAAAAACCACAGUGCUCCACAAGAGGUCAUUUUCAUAUUUGCCAGUCAUAGCAUUACAUAAUGGAAUAACAAACUCAGCAGCCCAAAGAUAAACAUAGCCUGGCAUGGCCGCAGCGCAUCUGU